CCAGCCGCAGACUGUGGCUGAGCAUGGAGCUGUCCCCCCGCAGUCCUCCAGAGAUGCUGGAGUCCGAUUGCCCGUCACCCCUGGAGCUGAAGUCAGCCCCCAGCAAGAAGAUGUGGAUUAAGCUUCGGUCUCUGCUGCGCUACAUGGUGAAGCAGUUGGAGAAUGGAGAGGUGAACAUUGAGGAGCUGAAGAAAAACCUGGAGUACACAGCUUCUCUGCUGGAGGCUGUCUAUAUAGAUGAGACACGGCAAAUCUUGGACACUGAAGAUGAGCUUCAGGAGCUGCGGUCAGACGCCGUGCCUUCGGAGGUGCGGGACUGGCUGGCCUCCACCUUCACCCAGCAGGCCCGGGCCAAAGGCCGCCGAGCAGAGGAAAAGCCCAAGUUCCGAAGCAUUGUGCAUGCUGUGCAGGCUGGGAUCUUCGUGGAACGGAUGUUCCGGAGAACAUACACCUCUGUGGGUCCCACCCAUUCCACUGCAGUCCUCAAUUGUCUCAAGAACCUGGACCUCUGGUGCUUUGACGUCUUUUCCUUGAACCGGGCAGCAGAUGACCACGCCCUGAGGACCAUUGUUUUUGAGUUGCUGACUCGACAUAACCUCAUCAGCCGCUUCAAGAUUCCCACUGUGUUUUUGAUGACUUUCUUGGAUGCCUUGGAGACAGGCUAUGGGAAGUACAAGAAUCCUUACCACAACCAGAUCCAUGCAGCUGAUGUGACCCAGACAGUCCAUUGCUUCUUGCUCCGCACAGGGAUGGUGCACUGCCUGUCGGAGAUUGAGGUCUUGGCCAUCGUCUUUGCUGCAGCUAUCCAUGACUACGAGCACACAGGCACUACCAACAGCUUCCACAUCCAGACCAAGUCAGAAUGUGCCAUCCUGUACAAUGAUCGUUCCGUGCUGGAGAACCACCACAUCAGUUCUGUUUUCCGAAUGAUGCAGGAUGAUGAGAUGAACAUUUUCAUCAACCUCACCAAGGAUGAGUUUGUAGAACUGCGGGCCCUGGUCAUUGAGAUGGUGUUGGCCACAGACAUGUCCUGUCAUUUCCAGCAAGUGAAGUCCAUGAAGACUGCCUUGCAGCAGUUGGAGAGGAUCGACAAGUCCAAAGCCCUGUCUCUACUGCUCCAUGCUGCUGACAUCAGCCACCCAACCAAGCAGUGGUCUGUCCACAGCCGCUGGACGAAGGCCCUCAUGGAGGAAUUCUUCCGCCAGGGUGACAAGGAGGCAGAGCUGGGCCUGCCUUUCUCUCCACUCUGUGAUCGCACAUCCACUCUGGUGGCACAGUCCCAGAUUGGUUUCAUUGACUUCAUUGUGGAGCCCACGUUCUCUGUGCUGACUGAUGUGGCCGAGAAGAGUGUCCAGCCCCUGGUGGAUGAAGACUCCAAGUCUAAAAACCAGCCCAGCUUCCAGUGGCGCCAGCCUUCUCUGGAUGUGGAAGUGGGAGAUCCUAACCCUGAUGUGGUCAACUUCCGCUCCACAUGGAUCAAGUACAUUCAGGAGAACAAGCAGAAGUGGAAGGAACGAGCAGCGAGUGGUAUCACCAAUCAGAUGUCCAUUGAUGAGCUGUCCCCCUGUGAAGAAGAGGCCCCACCCUCCCCUGCUGAAGAUGAACACAACCAGAAUGGAAAUCUGGACUAGCCCUGGGGCUGGCCCAGGUCCUCAUUGAGUCCAAAGCGUUCGAUGUCAUCAGCACCAUCCAUCAGGACUGGCUCCCCCAUCUGAACCAAGGGAGCGUGGAGGUUGUGGAAGAGACAACCCACCUGAAGGCCAAAUGCCAGAGACGUGUGGCUGGGGGAAGGGCCCCUCCCCACCUGACACCCAUUGGGGCGCACUUUAAUCUCCCGGCAGCAAGACUGGAGAGCUUCAGGUUCCCAGUGGCCACUGUGCCCAACCCCUGCCUCUGGGCUCCCCUCUUGGCCAGAUAGCUGUUUUGGAGGGGGGCUUCCUGGAGGCUUCCCAUGGCCUGGGCGGGGGUGGGGGGGUUCAGAGAUGCCAGCCCCCUGGGCCCUCCCCUAUCCUUUUUGCCUCCAAGUUUCUAAGCAAUACAUUUUGGGGGUUCCCUCAGCCCCCCACCCCAGAUCUUAGCUGGCAGGUCUGGGUCUUCCAUCUCUCCCCCUGGGAAGGGCUGGAAUAGGAGAGAAAGCUGGGUUUUUUCAGAGCCCUUACGUGGGGAGGGGAGUGGGUUCCUUCAGGGCAUGGUACCUUUCUGGGACCUGAGAAUUGGGGGGGGUGUUCUUCUUUAUCCUAGACUUGCACUGCUUCCAGCCCCACCCUGCAGUCUUCCUUCUCUCUCAUUUGGAAAUGGUGACUGGGGGAGAAGAGGAGCCAGUGGGAAUGGGGCUGAGGGGAGGCCUUCCCUGGGGUCCUUACAAACUUGGGACUAGCCUGGGCUUCUGGGCUUGUCACCUGCCCUUGCUAAGUCCCAAGGCUAUUGCCUCCUUUUGUCUCCUCUGGGGCUGGGAGGCUUCCAUCCGACCAAUGUCUGUAAAGUGCUUUGAGAUCUCCCCACCAAAGCACCUUCGGGUUGCAUCUUAGGGGCACAGACAGGAGAGACCAGCUGGCGUAGGGUUGAGGCUGUGUGGGGAGGGUGGUGUAUAACUCAGAAAUCCUGUGUUGCUAGCAGAGGUUCCCCCCACUCUCCCAUCUCCAACAGCUGGCCUAGCUGCAGGCACCAAGAGGCCCCUCUCCGGGGAGUGGUGGGUGAAAGGCAGAUGGGGGGGAGAGCUGCCUCUGUCAUGUCCUCUGGAGAGAGCCCAGCCAGGCUGUGUGCUCUUUCCUCUCAGGCUCCUUGUCGUCCCUACCUUGCCCCCAGAAAGGCCCAAGUCCAGGUGACUGCCCUCCUCCUCUCUUGUAAAUACCAACCAUGCAUUUGUACAGUGGGCCCUGUUCGUGUGAAGUCCAUAUCCAGGGUCUCUUAGACCUGCCACCCUUACCCUUGUCCCUCCCAACCCACCCUGAGUGGGGCAGAGACGCAUGUGACUCACCCCUGCCCUUGGUCUCCCAGACCUCUACUAUAGCCAGAGACCAAUAAAGAAGGGAGACUAGGCCUGGCUGUGUUUGCCUGUGUUUGUGGGUGGACGUCGACAGAGCAUCGUGGACACUGCCUUUUGUAAGCUUGAGAUCGUGGUGAGCUGUUCUCCCUGAUGUCUGUAUCCGUAUAUCUAUAUCUGGGCAAGCUCAAACCCAGAGAGGAGCUGUGCCUGAGGGCACAUGGUGGGUACAGGUCAGGUGGGCUCUCUCCUGCCGAGGCUCUGCUGCUCUCCGCUCCCCAUGCUGCCGCUCCAGCAAGGAGUGGGAAAGAAUCUCACCUUCCCUCUUUCUCUCCCCUCCUCUACCCGGGAAAGUCUAUAGAAGUGGUAGAAGGGGUCUGGCUGUAGGAUCUGAGGGAGUUUCUUCAGCUAUGUUUGCUUUUUGUCCUAUUCUGGCUCCUCAGUGUCUAGGAAAAGGGGAGAGAUGACCCUUCCAGUUCCCAGCAGGGCAUCUUUGGUAACAGCCACUAUAUUCUCUACCAUUUUUGCUAACAGUUGGAAUAAGGGAUGGUGGUCUCACAGCUGGAGGAGAGAACACGUUCUGAAGCUUGAGAAUUCAAAAGAAAGACAGCCAGGUUUGGAGGGUAGGCAAGGAGUCACCAUCUAACCAACACCAAAACUCCCUUUUCCCCCAGCCAAGUGCCAACAUGCAGCUCCUGCAUCUGUCCCGCAGAGGGCGCCCACAGCACAUUCCCUGCUGGUCAGGGCGCGGGCCUCAGAGCUCCAAGUCUUCCAGGGACAAGGCAGCCCUGCCAGGUGGUUGUAUUGUCCCUCUAUAAAAGACAGCUUGGGACUAUUCUUCCUUCUGGGCACCCUGAAAGUUAGUUUUCCCACUUAUCUGACUCCCAUCUCUCUUGUACAUCAAGUAAAGGGAGGGCUGGGGAAGAACUCUUUCUUUCUUAAGGCUUCUGCCAGCUUCCCCAUUUCUUCCCCCCAGAAACCAUUGAUC